AUGAAACAACGUUUGGUGCACUUUCCUGACACUUCUGACCUGCCGACGCUGCCGAGCGUGAUUUUGAUUCUGGGUGGCACGAAUGACCUGAAGAAGGUGCCUGUGACCACCACCGUUGCAAAUCUUCAGGCCAUGCACAAGCUGGCCGCCGGCUGGGGUGCUGUGGUCGGCGUGCUGGCUUUGCCACGAUUUCUUGAUCCCAAGGUGGGCUCAGCAAGCAAACGCUCUGGCGUGAAUGAUGCCCUUGCUGAUCUUCAACGAAGCUACCGCUUUCCGUCCUUCUUCGUCAAUUUGACUGCAGUUCCUCCAUCGCACUUGUAUGAUGGCCUCCACUUCACAUCGCACGGCUACUUCAUGCUUGCAGAACUGAUUGCGCAGAAGCUGUGGCUCUGGUUGUAA